AUGUCUGUGAAGCCUAAAAGCAUCGAGAUCGCCAUCGACCGUGGUGGUACUUUUACUGAUGUUUGGGCCAAGAUUCCAGGGAAGCCAGAUGUGAUUCUGAAGCUCCUCUCUGUGAACCCGGACACCUAUGACGAUGCGCCUUCCGAGGGCAUCCGCCGCGUUCUAGAACUAGCGACGGGAGAGACUCUACCCAGAUCAAAGCUACUACCCAAGGAACUCAUCUACUCGAUUCGCAUGGGAACAACAGUAGCGACCAACGCGCUUCUGGAACGCAAAGGUACACGUCAUGCCUUUGUAGUAUCCGAAGGAUUCCGAGAUCUCUUGGACAUCGGCUACCAAACACGCCCAAGCUUGUUUGCUCUUGGGAUCCGCAAGCCAGAGCUGCUGUACGAUCAGGUCUGCGAGAUAUCCGAGCGUGUCGUAUUCGAAGGCUUCAGGCAAGAUGCUCGAUUUGGUCUCGACGACGGAUCCGGCGAGUUGGUGCGCGCCGUCACUGGCGAUCUUUUACGGAUUGUGAAGCCCCUGGACGAAUCCGAGGUUCGCGAGAAGCUGUCUACUAUCCUGGGCAAUGGGAUCGAUACAUUGGCCAUUUGUCUCAAACAUUCAUAUCUGUACCCCGACCACGAGCUUCGAAUCGCCAGCAUCGCCACGGAGAUGGGGUUCCAACACGUAUCAGUCUCGUCAGUAGUUGGGCGAGGCAUGAUCAAAAUGAUACCUCGAGGUAGCUCCUCCACCGCCGACGCCUAUCUGACACCGAAAAUCAAGGAGUAUAUCGGCGGGUUCGUCAAGAGAUUCGAGAACAACAACCUCGACGGCGUCAUCUGUGAGUUUAUGCAGAGCGAUGGCGGCCUUACUAGCUACGAUAAGUUUACUGGUCUCGGCGGUAUCCUCAGUGGCCCAGCUGGUGGUGUUGUUGGAUAUGCGAGGACGUCGUACGACGGCAGCACCCCGCUGAUCGGCUUUGAUAUGGGCGGAACGUCAACGGACGUCAGUCGCUAUGGCGGAACCUUUGAGCACGUCUUUGAAACCAAGACGGCAGGAGUGUCCAUCCAGAGUCCGCAACUAGAUAUCAACACGGUCGCUGCUGGCGGCGGCAGUAUGCUCUUUUGGUCAAACGGCCUCUUCAAAGUCGGGCCAGAGAGCGCGGGUGCUCAUCCUGGGCCGGCAGCGUACCGAAAGGGAGGGCCUCUUACCGUGACGGACGCGAAUGUCUAUCUGGGACGUAUCCUGCCGUCAUUCUUCCCAUCCAUCUUUGGCCCGGAUGAGAACCUACCAUUAGAUACCGAGAUUGUGGCCAAGAAAUUUGAGGAACUGGCCGCUGUCAUCAAUGCCGAGAGUGGCAGGUCCAUGACAACCUACGAGAUUGCUCUAGGCUUCCUCGACGUGGCAAAUGAGGCCAUGUGUCGGCCCAUCCGCGCCAUCACCGAGGCUCGCGGCUUCGACACGGGUCAGCAUCACCUCGCUGUAUUUGGGGGGGCGGGCGGUCAACACGCCUGUGACAUCGCCUCUAAACUCGGUAUCAAGCGCAUCAUCAUCCACAAGUAUUCGAGUAUCCUGUCGGCUUACGGUAUGGCUCUGGCCGAGGUGGUCCAGGAAGCUCAGGAGCCUAGCAGCGAAGUACUCGAUGCCGGCUCGCUCCCAAAGCUGCAAGCAAGGAUCGAGGUCCUGAAGCAAAAGGCAAGAGAGGGGCUGGCGGUGCAGGGCAUCCCAGAAAAGUCAACGGUGUACGAGUCGUAUCUCAACCUCAGGUACGACGGCACCAACACCAACUUUAUGAUUCAGCAAGUUCAGGGUAUUGAUUGGCGGACCAAACUCGAGGAGACACACCUGAGGGAGCUUUCAUUCGCCUUUCCCUCGGACCAUAGGGUGCUGGUCGACGACAUCCGCGUUCGAGCCAUCGGCACGAGCGAGACUGUUAAUGCAGACGCCACUGAGCUUCUCAAAGAGUUGGCUCAGGUUUCCUCCGGCAAUGAAGCCCCUGCUCAGACGGAAAGGAGCCGUGUAUACUUUUCCCCGGACCCAGUUGACGCCCAAAUUAUCAGCUUGGAGGGUAUCAAGCCCGGAACCGUUAUUCCUGGUCCCUGCACAAUUGUGGACAGCACGCAGACCAUUGUCUUGAUACCGGGAUCCAUUGCAAAGGUUCUGUCUUCUCACAUUGUGAUUGAGAUGCCAGAAGCUAGAUCCAAGAACCUCGGCGGUGAUGGGAUUGACGUCGUCGACCCAGUCAAGCUAAGUAAGACGAGCAUUUCUCUCAAUAUCAAGGAGCGGUUGGACUUUUCGUGUGCUAUCUUUGGUCCUGAAGGUGAUCUCGUUGCCAACGCGCCUCAUGUUCCCGUACAUCUCGGCAGUAUGAGCUAUGCCGUCAAAUACCAGCACCAGUUGCACAAAGGGAACCUGAGACCUGGAGAUGUCCUCGUGAGCAACCAUCCAGCGGCGGGCGGGACGCAUUUGCCGGACAUAACCGUCAUCAGCCCCGUGUUUGAGGUGGAUGGUAAAACCAUCUGCUUUUACACAGCCUCUAGGGGACAUCACACGGACAUUGGCGGCCUCGACGGCACGUCCAUGCCCCCCAACUCGGUUCACCUGUGGCAAGAGGGUGCGAUGAUUGAGUCCUUCUUCUUGGUGCGAGAUGGCAAGUUCGACGAGGAGGGCAUCGUCAAGCUGCUCACUGAUCCCGGACAAUUUCCCCGGGUGACCCCCUCCCGCAAGCUGCCCGAGAACCUGUCAGAUCUCAAGGCCCAAAUCGCCGCCAACACAAAGGGCUGUCAGCUGAUCGUGGCUCUUAUGGGCGAGUACGGCACGCCUACAGUGCACUUUUAUAUGGACAAGAUACAGAAGAAUGCCGAGCUGGCCGUGAGGACGUUCCUCAAGGAGACGCGGCUGCGGCGCGGCGCGUAA